AUGUCUCCGGCCAUCUGGCUUCAUGAUUUUGAUGAUUACAGUAAAUUGGCUGAGUGGAGAAGAAUCUGUAAUUAUAGAAAAAGCUACAUUGCGGAUUGGAAGUUUGAAUCACUUAUCGUAUCAAGCUCUAUUAAGCUUAUUAGGACGCCGCUGUCCUCAGUAGAAUCUAAGCCUGGUGUUAUCAGAAGGACAUCCACUCUGGUCGGCCACAAGGCUCUAUGUAGUCCAGGAAUGCUUCUUGAGGAAUGGGAGUGCUGUGACGACGGAACACGAUCAGCAGCUAUCUGCGUGUUCGCCGUCGGCGUAAGCGCACAGGUUGGGCCUGCAGGGAUCGUGAGCCCCGAUGGGGUGAACACCCAGUUCUCCCACGACUUCGCUCAUGACAUUGUGCUGGUUGGACCCGCUGGCAUCGUGACGAAGUCUGGCGCCAACCGCCAGCUUACCCACGGAGAGGCCACCCUUCAUGUUGCCACAGCAGCUGCUCCCUUCCCCGUGGCUCAGUUGGUGUCCCAUCGUGGCGUGGUCGGCCACUCCGGCAUCGUUCGCCUUGAUGGCAAGAACGUCCAGUUCACACAGGCUCAGGCUGGCAACAUCGUGAUGGUUGGCCCCUCUGGCAUCGUGACCAAGGACGGCUCCAACAUCCAGCUGACCGACGACCUCCACUUCGUCCAGAAGCGCGAUCUCUCCGGCCAUCUGGUGGGAGCCUCAGGAAUCGUCACCAGCGAUGGCCAACUGAUCCAGUUUGAACCUGGUGUAUUUGUGGCCAGCGCUGGUCCCUCUGGCGUCGUUCUGUCCAACGGAAAGAACAUUCAACUCAACCUGAGCAAGAUCAAUAUGAAAGUUCUGGCAGCUAUCUGCGUGUUCGCCGUCGGCGUGAGCGCACAGGUUGGGCCUGCAGGCAUCGUGAGCCCCGAUGGGGUGAACACCCAGUUCUCCCACGACUUCGCCCAUGACAUUGUGCUGGUUGGACCCGCUGGCAUCGUGACGAAGUCUGGCGCCAACCGCCAGCUUACCCACGGAGAGGCCACCCUUCAUGUUGCCACAGCACCUGCUCCCCUCCCCGUGGCUCAGUUGGUGUCCCAUCGUGGCGUGGUUGGCCACUCUGGCAUCGUUCGGCCUGAUGGCAAGAACGUCCAGUUCACACACGACCAGGCUGGCAACAUCGUGCUGGUUGGCCCUUCUGGCAUCGUGACCAAGGACGGCUCCAACAUCCAGCUGACCGACGACCUCCACUUCGUCCAGAAGCGCGAUACCUAUGGCCAUCUGGUGGGAGCCUCAGGAAUCGUCACCAAAGAUGGCCAACUUAUCCAGUUUGAACCUGGUGUAUUUGUGGCCAGCGCUGGUCCCUCUGGCGUCGUUCUGUCCAACGGAAAGAACAUUCAGCUCAACCUGUAAAUUAUUUUUCCAUUCUAAUCUAAACAAGAUUUUUUUUUAAACCAUCCUAUCUCGAUCUGGUGGCUAAUUUAGCA